CGCACUGCCGCAUACACGCUUUCAUCUGUCAUUAGUGUCAAAGUCAGUUCGGCUUCGGUGCAGGUUUCGCAAACACUUCUUGUUCUAGCAUCAAACUCUUGAUAUUUCCCCAUUUCAACCUAGUGCUAACAAGGGACAGUGCAGGAAAAUAGUUUCAGGAGUUAUGCCGCCUCAUUCGGCCCGGACGAAUCGCAACAAGAGAUACGGAGACGAUAUGGAUAGCGACAGAGAAGAAAAUGAAAGCCGUUCACGUGCCCAUACGAGCCCCAAGCGACGAAGAGGCAACCUUCCAAAAGAUUCUGUCAAUGUUUUGCGUUUAUGGUUAUGGGAACACAGAUUCAAUGCGUAUCCUUCGGAAGCCGAAAAGCAGUAUCUUUCUAAGGCUGCUAACCUCUCAGUUCUCCAAGUAUGUAAUUGGUUUAUCAAUGCAAGAAGAAGAAUUCUCCCCGACAUGAUUCGGAGAGAGGGUCGAGACCCGAGUAACUACACAAUCACAAGACGAGCAAAUAUGAAGAGUCAUGGCUCCACAUUUCAACGAAGUGUGUCCGAAAUUUCCAAAGAAUACGAAAAAUCUUACUCAGAUGAGGACAGGGAGUCAUUAAUAUCAAGCCCAAUUUGUGGCUAUGAAGGACAUAAUUUAGACUAUUAUGAGAUGGAUAGGUCGAACUCGUAUCAGUUUUCUAAAGACAGUCUGGAGGCACAGCCCUCUCCACCCUCCUCAACAGGCGAGGACGACGAUUUAGAUCAGGAUUUCGAUGGAUUUAGUAGCAUAAAUUUAUUGGUAGAAGUGGCUUUGAACACCGAGGCAUUUCGACGAGAACAUAAAAAAUGUCUCCAAGAAGUCCAGUCUUUGUCAUGUUAACUUGUUGAUUUUGAAUCGAUAAAACAAAUUCAGGGUAUGUUAUUGUGCCGGGGCUUCAUUGUACAAUGUAAUGAAUUAUAAAUUGUCAUACUAUAGAAAAAGAAAAUGUGAAGUUGACAUCACAAAA